UUGGUUUUUAAUCCAGAAGUCACAGUCCAGAAUUGGCACUGAGGGUCAAACGUACCUAAUUCAACGCCAGAGAGUUCAACAACGUGGCAAUAACCUUGCACCACAGCAAAGCAUAAUCCAAUUGAAAACAGUAGUGUUAAGCCCGUAUACAUAUCAGGGAACGUAAGACGUAGCUUGUGUAUUCGUGUGACUCCAUCAUGGCUUUGAAGUCGCCUGGUACAGGAGAAUGGAAGCGUACCCUCUUGUGGAUGACUUGGACUGUUAACCUCUUAAUUAAUGCAACCUACAUGGUCAUGACUUUUGCAACUUCAAACAAAAUUGUCAACAGCUACCGCCAGUUGAACCAGCUCAACUUUCAUGAAACCGCUUGGCGAGCUCCUAUUGCGGCUACGGUGCUUGGCGGCCUUAUGGUGCUCAUGUUCAACAUCAUGUCAUGCGUAAUUCUGAUUCGGAAAUCCAUCAACCGGAGUGGUCCUGGCUUUGGCUAUGGCUUCAUCAUGGCUUGGUGUUUCGUGCUGUCAUUUUUUUGCUUUCUCUGUGGACUCAUCACUUCUGGAUUCGACCCGGUGGUUAAACAAAAUCUUCGCACUCACACAAAAUGGUCCAGGAUAGACGCUGGCGCAUACGAGGGGACGACAGCCUUCUCGUUCAUCUGCGCUGGUUUUUACAUGUUUUUCUUCAUCUGUCUGGUAGUCUUCCAGGGAGGCAUCAUGAAGCAAACAGGCCUAUAUGACCCGCGGCAGGACGAGAAGCGCAAGAUGGAGAUGACGGCGCUAGCGCAACCCGGCCUUGGUAACCCUCUGGCGACGCCUCCGGGGGCGUCGAAUACCAUCUAGCUUUGUUAUCAUACACAGUUAUCUACUUUAGAAGAAUAUCCUGACCCUCGGGUGUGUCUAAACGCCACAGUCAAAAGCAUUGUGCCGACACCUUGCUGGUUGGAUGGUCAUGGGGUGUGGUGGGGUGAUUUCUGGAGAGUACAUGCUUGGACGGUACAGGGCUGACAAAAUGAGACCACACUGGCGUGCGUCCGUGAGGGGUGCUGAAGAUGGCGGUGAGUCUGCGGUGGUGUGGAUCCAUGCUGGUGGAGGCAUGGCACGUUGCGACUUCAUAACUAUUUACAUACAUAUUUAACAUUUUGUACAAUGGCACAAGGUGAGGAAGUGCAGUCGGCUUGUCAGUAUUUUCCAUUACAUUAAUUCCUGGUC